AACAAGCCAGAGCAUCGCCAUUUUGUCAGAAGGGUUUUUUUCCCCCCCAGCCUCAGUCUUUUCAAAUCUUCUCCCUUCCCGCCGGAAUAAUGCUGUCACUGGAUAUAUGUUUGACAUUUUUCGAUAAAGAAACGCGUCGAGUGGAACGGAUCAUGAAAAUCAAGAGGCAAACGAUCUAUUAAGAGUUAAGGCGGUUAGGCGGCGGCGGCGGCGGUCCGCGUCUCCGGUCCACCGGGCCGGUUCACUGCGCAGGUUUGGACCGCGCGCCAUUUUGUGAAAAUUGACAUAAAAUUCUUAUCCAAAAAAUUAUCAGAGGACACGCUUUUUGCGACGCGAUCCAGACCUCCGGGAUUCAGCCGAGCGGUCACGUCUGUCGAAAAGAUACCCGUCGCGGAAACUAGCACUAGAGACACGACAAAUCGGAAUUUACGACGAGGUUUAUUUAGCGGGCAGCUCCUAAUCGUUAGCUCGGAGGAAAGGAGCUAAAGCUAGCAAACGGGGCUAAUGCUAGCCGCGUUCAUUUUGUCAACUCGCUAGCCUAGCCCGUUCGGCUAAGGUUAGCUAGUGAGUAAUGCGUGCUAGUUAACGUUAGCGGGCAGCUAGUCACCAGCUGAUUGUUCUCAAAGACGCCUUGAGUGGCCCGUUCGGAUUCUGAGCAAACUUAGUGCGCUGGGCAUGGUGGAGUAGCCGGCCGCGGAUGGUUCUAGACCUCGCCGGGGUGAAGAGGAAGGGGAAUCGGGUUUAACGUCCCUGGCUAACAGCGCAGGGAGGGGAGAAUCUCAAACUGGAUAAGUUGCCUCAUCAUACAGGUUAUUGGACUUUAAAUGAAGAUCGUGCCAUCAGGGGAGGAGAGACUUCAGCAUGCAAACCUUCGUCCGUCCGGCUUGCGCCCUCUUUUUCUUUCCACACUGCUGGUCUUCAGAUGGCUGCUCCAAUGCCCCAUACGCACCAGCAGUACAGUGACCGCCACCAGCCAAGCACUGACCAAUCUGUUGCGGUCUUACCGUACAGCGACCAGACCCAACAGCUCACUGCCAAUCAGAGGCACAUGCCCCAGUGCUUUCGUGACCCAACUUCGGCUCCCUUGAGGAAGCUCUCCAUUGACCUUAUCAAAACAUACAAACACAUCAAUGAGGUUUAUUAUGCAAAGAAGAAGCGUCGCCACCAACAGGGGCAGGGCGAGGACUCCAGCCACAAGAAGGAGAGGAAGGUCUUCAACGAUGGCUACGACGAUGACAACUAUGACUACAUCGUCAAGAACGGGGAGAAGUGGAUGGACCGCUAUGAGAUCGACUCCUUGAUAGGGAAGGGGUCUUUCGGACAGGUUGUGAAGGCUUAUGACCGUGCAGAGCAAGAAUGGGUUGCCAUUAAAAUAAUUAAGAACAAGAAAGCUUUCCUCAAUCAAGCCCAGAUUGAAGUGCGGCUCCUAGAGCUCAUGAACAAACAUGAUACCGAGAUGAAGUACUACAUAGUCCACCUGAAGCGUCACUUCAUGUUCCGGAACCACCUCUGCCUGGUGUUCGAGAUGCUCUCCUACAACCUGUACGACCUGCUGAGGAACACCAACUUCCGUGGCGUCUCCCUCAACCUGACGCGGAAGUUCGCCCAGCAGCUGUGCACGGCGCUGCUCUUCCUGGCCACACCGGAGCUCAGCAUCAUCCACUGUGACCUGAAGCCCGAGAACAUCCUUCUCUGCAACCCCAAGAGGAGCGCCAUCAAGAUUGUGGAUUUCGGCAGCUCGUGCCAACUGGGACAGAGGAUAUACCAGUACAUCCAGAGUCGCUUCUACCGCUCCCCAGAGGUGCUCCUGGGGAUGCCCUACGACCUGGCCAUAGACAUGUGGUCCCUCGGAUGCAUUCUGGUGGAGAUGCACACGGGGGAGCCCCUCUUCAGUGGAGCCAAUGAGGUGGAUCAAAUGAACAAGAUCGUAGAAGUACUCGGGAUCCCACCGAACCACAUAAUGGACCUAGCUCCGAAGGCCAGGAAGUUUUUUGAGAAGCUCUCGGAUGGUACAUGGAGUGUAAAGAAGACCAAAGAUGGCAAACGGUACAAGCCCCCAGCUUCUCGUAAGCUCCACUCCAUCCUGGGCGUGGAGGCGGGCGGGCCAGGUGGCCGCCGGGCGGGCGAGUCCGGCCACGCGGUUGCCGACUACUUGAAGUUCAAGGACCUGAUCUUGCGGAUGCUGGACUACGACCCCAAAAGCCGCAUCCAGCCCUACUAUGCCCUGCAGCACAGCUUCUUCAAGAAGACUGCCGACGAGGGGACCAACACGAGCAGCAGCGUGUCCACUAGCCCCGCGCUGGAGCAGUCCCAGUCUUCAGGAACCACGUCCAGCACCUCCUCGAGUUCAGGAGGGUCGUCUGGGACAAGUACCAGUGGCCGAGCGAGGUCAGACCCGACCCAUCACCACUUGCACAGUGGAGGACACUUUGGGCCGGUCAUGCCCGCAAUCGAGGGCGACAGCCUCUGCCCACAGGUGAGGCAGCCCUACCCUCCUCCAUUGGUGUGGGGAGGCGGCGUGGUCCCCGAGUCCGUCACUGGAGAGACCCACCCGGUUCAGGAGACCACCUUCCACGUCCCCCCCCAGCACCCCAAGGCCCUGCAUCCCCACUCACACCCCCAUCACCACCACGGGCAGAUGAUGGCCACAAGGCCCCGUCCGCGCCACUACACCUCCCCGACACACAGCUCCUCGACACAGGACUCCAUGGAGGUGGUGCAUGGCCACCUGUCCAUGACCUCCCUGUCUUCCUCUGCCUCCUCUUCCUCCACAUCUUCCUCUUCCACUGGGAACCAUGGCAACCAGGCGUACCAGCUCCGCCACCUGCCCGUGGGCGCCCUGGACUUUAGUCAGAACGGUGGGCUGAGCAUGGGGCUGGGCGCCUUCUCAAACCCCCGGCAGGAGACGGGCAGCAUGGCGGCGCACCCCGCGUUCCCCAUGGGCACAAACACGGGGCCGGCGCACUACCUGGGGGAGGCCCACCUGGGCCUGAGGCCGGGCAUGGACCGAGAGGAGUCUCCGAUGACCGGAGUGUGUGUGCAGCAGAGUUCCAUGGCCAGCUCGUGACUGCGCUGACAUUUGGCUGUGUGUUCCCCCCCCUGUGCGUCAUUUUUAAGGUGGUGUUUUUUACUACAAGGUGUGUUGAGAACAAAAAGCUGCUCGCGUCAGAAGGGAGAUAUCACUGAACCGCUACUACAGAGGAAAAAAAAAAACGGUUUUUUUGGGGUUAAAAAGUAUAUAUGUAAUUUACAUCCGUUUUCUUUUUUUCUUUUGCAAUCAUUAGGCACAAAGUAAUAUUGCAGAAUAACCAUAGUAAGAUCGAGACAUCCAUCUUACCAUUUCACCAGUUCCAUGUAAUCACAAUCACCAUAUGGUAUUAUGUGGCAAAAUCUUCUGAGGAGCAUUUCAGAACGACGUUUGAGGCUGGUUUACAGGUAGCCGUCGGUGGUAACGCGCGCGGCGUCCUCUUUCGGUUCAGGCCGUGGAACGUCUGACAUUAACCGUUCCACAGGUUGUGGUUUUUUUUUUUUGCCCUCUUUUUAUUUUUUACUUUUUAAUGGAAAAUUUACCUAAGAGCUGCUUGUAAAUCCUGUAGCUUGACGAGGGGGGGGGAGUGUUUGCAGUGAUAUUUCAUGUUGUCGGUCGGUAUGGUGUAACUCUGUCAAAAGGGGAGCACACACACACACACACACCACGGUGGAGUCCCUAGAGCACGUGCUGGCCAGGACAGAGAGGGGGGGGGAUGGGGGUCGGAGAAGGGGAGCAGCAGGAGGAAGGAGACCCCCCCCCCACCCCCCCGCACGCCGACGCAGACACCGACCCGGUGUCGGUAGCGGAGGGUGCUGGCGCCGCCCCUCGGGCCCCAGGGGCCCGCAGCCUUGCACGCUGCGCCAGGGCCCGGCACAGACGAGAGCGGCGGUGGGCGCGGGCCACGAGAAGACCCCGCCCACGCAGCAGCAGCAGGACAGUCAGUGGCUGGUUCUUGGAUAACCCUUUGGCCUUACGACUCACGGACUUGGAAUGGAACGGAGCUGGACGUUAUUAUUUGAAUUAAGAUGGCUUUUCUCUAUUUUUCUCUCUAGACAGCCCUUAAUUCUUUAAGGAAAUUAAAACAAACAUAAAAAGGUAAAUAAGAAUGGUAAUUUGAGGCCUUUCUCUACAAAGUUUUUCUUCUCAAGCAGGGCCCCACAUAACAGGGUCUUAUUGUACACAACAACCUCCUAAACAUUACUUCCUUGAGAAUCUUAUUCACUAAUUAAGGAUUUUGCAGUGGAAAGAACUAUCUAUUCCAGAGUCUACCCUUUUUUUGUUUUUGCUUUUUUUUGGUUACUUAUUCCCCCCCUUCCGCUUUUGCAUGUAGUUCCUCAUCAGAACCACCUGCACAAGUCUCUCCAUCCAAAACGUGGAAACGGAAGAAAAAAAAUGUUACGUGACUGCCUUUUUUCUCCUCAAAUUAUGCUGUGAAUUUUUCAAGAAUUUAUUUUCCCUUUGGAUAUGUUUUUAUACCAAAGCAGUUGUUUUAUAGCAUAUAGGUGUCUGUAACCAAUAAUGUAGCAGUUCACCACUUUUGACGCAAAAGUUUAUCAUGAUUAUUUUAACGUCAAUACAAAAAAAAAACAACAGCUGCAAUAUAUUACUUUAGCAAAACCGGAGACCGUCGUCGAGAACGUUGGCUAUUGUGUAUUAUGACCAGAUUCGUUUUACCAAAACUGUUUCCAUAUUAAUUGGUAGAUUAUUUUGGGAGUCUUUUAAAAACUUUGGUAUGUUUAGAAACAUUUGGUAGUUACUCUGCAGGCCCCAGAGUAGCAGGAUAGAAGCUGAUGGUUUAAAAAAAAAAAAAGAAGAAAAAAAAAGAAAAAGAGACUAAUGCGUUCUAUUUGUGUCGUAUUUUUUCUUUUGCCCCUCCCUCCCCCACCCCAUCAUACUAUUUCAAAGGGUUUUGCUGCCUUUCAUACAUCAUUUGGUCAACGUGCUAAGUUCUGCCAUGAAUGGAGACCUUAGGUCGUGGUUCUGGCAGGACGGUGAUAACUUUGGGAGAUCAGAGUUGAGUUUGGAAUGGUCUUGUGCUCAUGUGGUAGGGCAGAUCCCUGUGAUUGUGGUCCUAUUUAAAGGGAAACCGUUGCCCAUAAGCCCACAAUCCCAUGCUUGGCUUAGGCAGACAUGCAUGUCCUCUCAGAUCAUUACAGUCAAUAACCAGAAUCUUUAGGUUUUUGUUUUUAUUUUUUUGUUAUUUUUUAUCAGGGAUUUUAAAAAGUGCAUUCUUUUUUUCUGUUACUCAUUUUUAUCAACUUUGAAAAAUUUAGACGGAAGAAAAAAACCUGCCCACAACCGCCUUUUAAGCAGAGGCCAGGGUCGAAGGUCAUUUUAGUGUCAAUUAAGAGGGGAGAACAUCAUACAGACAAAAAUAAAUACCAUACUUGUUAUUUCCACAAUAUAAAUGUAAAGCUACCUAUAACUUGAUUGGGGUUUUAUCUGGAUGUCAAGGUCAAUUGCAAAUUUGCAAUCAUUUUUCAUACCCCAUAGAAUUUGAGACAUUCAGAAUUGGCCAGUGACUUGAUUACUGGCCCUUCAUACUGGUACUUAACAUUCCAAAAUAAAGACUGAAAAAAAAAUUUGACUGCAGUGACUCGUAAGUGUGCGCCUAUUUCAGAUCAUGCUGAUUGACCUCUUAUUUAGAGCAGUUGUCAUGAAAUGCAGCCCCUUUUUAAUAGUUGAAAUAGAAUUUAUGUAUAUAUUUAUAUUUUUUUAAUAAAGGAAGUAUAGAACUCACUACCUUGCUCCUUGCUGGUAUGUUGAUUAUGUUUGUCAAUCUGGUGACCAUUCGGUGGGCAGGAAUUCCUGUUUUCUUAGUGGCAAAACCUUGCCUUUUGGCAGUGGUACUUGACUGCAUCAGGACAACAUUAUGAGGUAGGGUUUGAAUCAAACAGGGAAAGCUAGAUCUUCAAACCUUAAUGUUCACAGGGUAUAUUGUAAGUGCAUGUACAUCACAAACUUUACUUUUUGGUUAUAUGAGAAGCACAUGGUUGGAAAAAAAAAAGGUUCCAUUUUCCAUAAGCCUGUUUAGUUUGUGGGUUUUACACAAAUCAGUAUACUUGUUAACAUUAUCUUACCACCCAACAAAAGUCUCAAUCCUCUGAUUUAAUUUGAAUAUUUUCCUUCAUUUUUUUUAUUUCACAUUUUAUCACUUUUUGUACAUGCAUCAUGCACUAUAGAAUUGAACAGCAUGGGGGAAAGGAUAAGUCCAUGUAUCCACAGAUUGUAAGAUCUAGUCAAGACUUUGCUGUGUUUAUGACAAUGCCCUUUGUAUUAUAUUAAGACAGUCUUAUGUAUGAUAUAUAAAAAGAAGUUAAUUGAA